AUGGAUCUUAAAAGAACCCAACUUCUACUUUUGUUCUUUGCUUUCCUGUGUGCUCGAGUGAGAAAACUCAACGGAGAUUCCAUCCCGAGAUGCAUACCCAUCGAAAGGAAUGCUCUUCUUGGGUUCAAAGAAGGCCUCAAAGAUCCCUCCAACAGGCUAUCUUCUUGGGUGGGCGACGACUGCUGCACAUGGAAAGGUGUGGCUUGUGACAACCAAACGGGCCAUGUUGUCAAGCUAGACCUCCGCAACCCAUCAUGCUUCGAAUACUAUCCUCCAAACAACACGUGGUGCUUGGGAGGUGAGUUGAGGCCUUCCUUACUUGGUCUGAAAUACCUGAAUUAUCUUGAUCUGAGCAUGAACAACUUUGGAGGGAUUCGUAUCCCAGAAUUCAUGGGCUCAUUCCGUCAGCUCAAAUAUCUCAACCUCUCCAGGGCUUAUAUGCGUGGAUUGAUCCCAUAUCAGCUUGGGAAUCUAUCGAGCCUCCAAUAUCUCGAUCUCAGUCAUAAUUAUUAUUAUUAUGGUGACAAUUUUAAAGUUUCAUAUGGAUUUCUCAUCAUUGAUAAUGCCAUCUGGAUUUCUCGACUUUCUUCUCUGCGAUAUCUCAAUAUGAUGGAUGUGCAAUUUAGAGAAGGUGCUCAUUGGCUGCAAGCACUAAACAUGCUCCCUUCUAUUGUUGAGGUAUGCUUACGAGACUGUGGCAUCAACACCAUUCCGCUCUCUCUUCCACAUGUGAAUUUUACUUCACUUUCUGUUCUUGAUCUUUCUUGGAAUUCUAUUAAUUCAAUGAUACUUGGUUGGUUGUUCAACAUAAGUAGCCUGGAGUACCUUGAUCUCAACGGUAAUUUUAUUAAUUCGACGAUACCUGGUUGGUUGUUCAACAUAAGCAGCCUCGAGUACCUUGAUCUUAGCUAUAAUUUCUUUCGGGGCAUCAUUCCGCCUGCAAUUAAGAAUUUAGCUUCGCUCAAGGCCCUUGAUCUAUCUGAUAAUCAGUUUCUUGAAGGAAAAAUUCCGAUCGUGCUUGAGGGUCUGUGUAAGCUGCGGUAUUUAGGAUUGUCAGGCAUUAAUAUCAGCAAAAAUUUGCAUGAACUUGAUAAAGUGUUUACUGGAUGCAUCAAAAAUAGUUUAGAGACUCUGGAGCUGGCAGACACCUAG